CAUCCAUCCAUCCGUCCGUCCGUCCAUCCAUUCAUUUAUCCAUCCAUCCAUCCAUUCAUCCAAUCAUCCGUGUGUGUAUCCACCUACUAAUCCAUUUUGUAUACUUGGAGUUUGGAGUGGCUGUCAAAUACAUUACUGUACGCGCAAACGUCACUGUUACAUCACAGUAUUGGGUAUCACACCAUCGCAAAUAUUGGUAAUUUUAUUGCAAUACACACAAAACAAUUUCAUGUACAUCAUAUCAAGGCCUUUGUUGCAUAUGUUUAUCAUACAGUUAUACUUGAAUAUGUCUGAUCUGAUGAUGCAAACAUUGCUAUGCGCAGAAGUAAUCACGUGACCGACAUUUCGACCAAUCAGUGAAGUUCAGAUGAUGGCCAAAAUAGCACCGCUUGAAUUAAGUCUCUUAUUGAUACCCAUGAAGCAGAGAUGCACGGCUUUUCAUAAUAGGUCUCCGUUACAAACAUACUGAUUAAAAAUAUUAAUUGUUCAAAGAGUAUUAAUUAGGAUGUUUUUCGGCUAAUUCUGUUGUUUUCGUCGGUAGUCAUCUUCCUUAUUGCAUUAUCUGCAAAUACAGCGAGUACUGAGAGUUUACAACUACGUCUACAUCCGUGAAUAUGGUAGAUGUCACCGUGGAAUACAGUUACUACUCAACGAGUUGUUGCAGUGUAUGCUUUUCUUUACGUAUCUGCUCUUAUACGUAACGCUAAAUUUGCUUUAAUACUACAGUAUGCGACUUGUCACAAGAUAUUUCAUAUUUUGAACAGUUUCGUGGACAACUAUUGUUGUCUAUCGUUCGCGUUAUUUUAACUCGGAUACUUACGUUCAGGUUUUUGAGUCCGAUGGCAGACUGUACCAACAAUGGGUCUGAAGAAGACCCUAUAACUGCCAUAACUCAUACGACUAGUGAAAUCGUACCAGCCAGCGUAACAGAAACAUGGCUUACCUCCGCAUAUAUCAUGAUCGGAACUAUUGGUAUCGCCGGCAAUAUAACAGUACUAUAUAUUUUUCUUCGUACUCCAAAGUUGGUAUCACUCUCUACAUAUUUCUUACGUAACCAAUCAGUAAUCGAUCUACUGAGUAGUAUACUAUUCUUAGUUCUGUUUUUAAGACCAAAGAAUAUCUUUCCAAACGAUAACGGUUUCUUAUCGAACAUGAUCUGUAAAUUGUGGUACUCGGAAUAUCCAUUUUGGGCGUUAUGUGUUUCGUCCACAGUGAACAUAGUAUGUCUGACAAUUGAGCGAUAUUUGGCUGUUUUCAAACCGGUUAUGUAUCGUAGUUCAUUUACUAAGAAUAAAGCCAUAUUUCUAUGCUGUAUAAGCUGGUGUAUCGGACCGCUCCACGAAAUUGCCUGGGCAACUGCCCAUCAUUUUGAGAACGGCACUUGCGUAGAAAAAUGGGAUUCACGCAAGGUUCAGGUCGCCAUUGGUUCUAUUGUGUUCACAAACCAUUACGUCAUACCAGUCUCAAUAAUGAUAUACGUCUAUUGGAAAAUAAUAGCAUACUUUCAAGACGUCAACAAACGACGAGCCUCGAACACAACUUUACGUACAGUUGACGCCGGAAUCAAACGCAGUCAGAAUGUACGCAAACGCAUAAUAAAGACUGCAUUCCUCGUCUCACUUGCUUAUAUCUUAUGUUGGGGUCCCAACGAGAUUUUCUUUCUAUUGGGAAACUUUGGAAUAAUAACUUCUACUAACGGUGUUAUAUUCAAAAUCACAGUGAUUUGUGCGGCUUGCAACAUGAGUCUAAAUCCUUUCUUGUAUGCAUUGAAUUGUAAAUGCAUCAGACGAAGAGUGCUUAGCAACCCAAAAUCUAAGUGCACUAGAAGUAACCUAUUAAUCAUGUAUAGGUAUUCAAACACGGAUGGUUCCUACAACUAACAUGGACAUUAUCCGCAUGUUAAUUAUGAUAUAAUAGAGCCAAAAAUAAACUGAUUUCGGCAUUAAGUACUAUAACUUAUAUUAAAAGAUACCACAGGCCGUAUGUGCCCACAUGAAAAACCUACUGAUGUGGCCAUUCUCUUCACAAUCUGGUGAAACAUUCGUUGAGAGCUAUGCUACACGAUGCAUUUUCAUUUUUUCUUUUAUUCGAACACUGUAUUUAUCUUUUUUUUGAUGAUUUAUAUAUAAUUUAACAGCGUUAACGGCUAUC